UUGUAAAAUCACCACAAUGUAAAGUUUCAACCAAAGGGUUUAAUUUUUACAAAUGUUCCACAAAGCUUUAGACAUUCCCUCUGUUAACCAUUUCCCUCAUUUAGAGUGUUAUGACAUGAGGUAUGAACAAAAGAGCCAGGUGAGACAGAUCCUCAACCAGGUUGAACACAACAGAGCGCAGGGAUGAAGUUCGAAGAUCUUCUUUCAGAAAUUAAUGGAUUCGGAAGGUUCCAGAAGAUGGUCCUGUGCAUCAAUUUCUUUGGACGAUUUAGUCUUGCGUGUCACUUCCUUUUAGGCAACUUUAUUGCUGUUAUCCCUUCUCAUCAUUGCAGCAUCAGCUCUCUGGAUGCUGACGAGAUCUUUGAGAAUCUGACUCAGGAGGAGAGACUGACUGUCAGUAUUCCAGUGCAGGAUGAUGGGACUCCUGCUUCCUGUCACAUGUUCUCUUAUCCUCAGUUCCACCUGCUGUCAAACUCUUCCAGCCCCUCAGAGGUUGCUGUAGUCCAGUGCCAGAAUGGAUGGGAGUAUGACAACAGCAUGUUCAUCAGCACGCUCGCCACACAGUGGGAUUUAGUGUGUGACAAAAGAGCAUUGAGCAGAUUAACAACCACCAUCUUCUUCAUUGGGGUCAUGUUUGGAGCAGCUGCUUUUGGGAGCUUGAGUGCAAUGUUUGGGCGUAAGCCAAUGCUGCUGGUGUCACAUAUGUUAGGAAUGGGAUUUGGAUUGUGUAGUACUUUUUCCUCCUCCUUCAUCAUGUUUGCGGUGCUGAGAUUCUUCACUGGAUUCACCAUUACUGGCAGUGUCAUCAUCUCCACUAUACUCAAUGUGGAGUGGGUGAGCAUUGAGCACAGAAAGCUGGUCGGGGUGAUUGACAGCCUCGCUUGGACAUUUGCCUUCAUGAGCUUUCCAAUGAUUGCAUACUUCAUUCGAGACUGGAAAUGGCUGACUAUUGCCAUCUCAUUGCCCACCAUUAUUUCCAUAAUCACUUGGUGGUGGAUUCCAGAGUCAGCACGGUGGCUGAUAGCUAACGGGAGGGUGGAUAAAGCUUAUUAUUAUCUUCGUAAAUGUGCUGUCAUGAACCAGAAACAGGAAGUUAUUGUCAGCAUAAAACCUGAGGAUUUGGCUAAAAUCAUAGUUACCGACAGAGGAAACAGGAAGUAUUCAUACCUGGAUCUGGUUAGGACUCCUAAGAUGAGGAGACUGGCUUUACUUACAGGAAUCACGUGGUUUGCUGUUGCCACUGUUGCCUAUGGAAUUAGUUUCAACAUUUCAAGCUUUGGACUAAAUAUGUAUCUCACUCAGUUUGUUUAUGGAGCCAUUGAAAUUCCCGCUAAACUGAGCAUCUAUUAUCUGCUGGAUAAGUUUGGACGACGCAUAACUCAGGCUGGAUCACUGCUGUUUGCUGGAAUCAGCCUGAUGAUUAACAUAUUCAUACCCAAAGAUAAGUCAGUGGUUCGUACAGUGAUUGCUGUGCUGGGAAAAGGCUGCUCAGCCACUUCUUUUGGCACAGUUAUUUUAUACAGCUCUGAGCUUUACCCCACUGUUGUCAGGCAAAAUGGGAUGGGGUAUACCUCCUUUGUGGCACGUCUUGGUGUGUCUGUGGCUCCUCUGAUCCUGCAGUCGGAUGAUGUUUGGAGCUAUUUCUCUCAAGUCAUCUUGUCUUCUCUUGGCCUCUCUGCUGCUUUUGUGGCUUAUCUAUUACCCGAGACACGAGGAAGGUGUCUGCCGGAGACUAUAGAGGACAUCGAGGGAAUCAGGAAGGACACUGAUGACUCGCCACUACAAGAUAAAAAAAAUGAUGUAAAAGAGGGCAGUAGGUUGAAAUGGAAAGACAGUUUAAUUGUGCAGAAUACAUAACUAAAUGUAGUACUGUUGAACUGUUCUUUUGUUUUUGUAUCUAUAACCCUAUUUUUGUGUCAUCCUUUAAUUAAAACAUUGAAAGAGAAAUUUGAAGGGAGAUGUAGCAUGUUUUUCUCAUUGCAAUGUUUUUGUCAGACUUGUGUGACUCACUAAUCCACAUUUAAGGAAUACUAUAGGAGGAACAGCUCACAGGCCUUUCUAUUUUUAAAGGGCAAGAAAUAAUAUGUGACUGGAAACAGUGUUGGGGAAAGUUAUACUCAAAAAAGUAAUGCAUUACAAUAUUGUGUUACUCCAUAAAAAGUAACUACACAGUGGGCAAUUGAAGUUGAAAAGACUACUCAAAAUUAACAUAAAAAAACAGGUCAAAUAUGUAAAUAAAACUGACAUCAAUAUCUUGACAUGACUUUGAUUUGAUGUAAAUCAAACGUCAAACAUAUUACGUAAACAUUAAACCAAUGUUAAACUACUACAUAAACAUUAAACCCAUUUCAGUGUGGGAAUAACUUCCUGUUUUCACCAAAUUACCACUUGAAGAAAUUACCGUCCAAAUUUUAUUGGUUACAGCAUCAAGUCUUGACCGAUAUUUAACAUCAUAUUGAUAUCAAGGUCCCUGCUGGGUAAAUACAUUGCUUAGUUAAUUUUUAUGGAAAGUAAUUUACUAGUUACUUGAAAAAAGUAAUCCGAUAAUAACUCGCAUUACUUGUAAUGUGUUAAAACACUGCCUUGAAAUGUAAAAAAACUAAACAAGGCCAGGUUUGACACUGGUUUACUAACAUUAUAUGUACAGUUUAAUCAAGGUGCUUUGUCUGGGAAGAAAAUAUGUAAUGAAACUUGAAACCCGAGUUUACUGUUCAUUAAUCAGUAAUGUGGAAUCUUGCCCUAGUGCUUCUCUAAAAGUGUUUAUAAAAUGCAGAAUCUAAGUUUUUAUGUCUGUAUUUUUGGGUAACAUUAAAAGUAAAAUCAUUCUGUGUGAAAUAGAGAGGGGUAACAGAUUUAAGUAACCUUUAAUACUGUCAUGUUGGAUAAGGUGACCCUACUGUUAUGUCUUAUUCUGUUCACAUCAGAGCAAAAUUCUUUCUGGGAUACAAAAUA